AUGUGAAAAUGUUCAUGCCAUAAUCCCUCCCAUGUUUCCGUGUGGCACUGUGGAGUAAUGCACAAUUCUUCCAAACACGGACAAAAUAUGUAGAGGGAGAUUUGUUACAAGGUGUGUUGUAAUCCCAGAACAGUGAAGAUUACAUAACAGAAGAGCUUCACAGCUCGUCAGGCAGCAAGUGGACACUGAAGAGUGUGUGCGCCUUAUCAGAAGGAAAACUGUUCUCUGCACCUGAGAUAAAGGAUCGUAUAAAAGAAGAGCGAGCGCUCCCUGAGGUCUCCGACUUCUUAGACAUUUGAACCUAGACAGGAGACGUGUGAGAAUGGCAGGAGAGGACAAAAGGAGAGAUGAACGAACUGCUGGAGGAUCAGAAGGAAAGCAAAACAGGAUGGAGCCCGAGGCUGACGACCAGCGAGUGGAGCGAGGCCCAAAGAAGCGUGGCGUGCUGCCCAAACGACUGCUGAUAAUGUCGUCUGUGGCUGUUGUGCUCAUCGUGCUGCUGACUGUCAUCGUUGUACCUGUUGUGCUGCUCACUAAGACGCCAGCUCCGUCUUCUGCCUCGUUCUCUGGUGGAGACAUGCUGGAGUACUUGGUGCAGACGGGGAACAUCAGUGAAGCGGACGGCCUUUUGGCUACGUGGUUUCACCGAGCCAACAGCAAGGAGGACAUGUACAAAGCGCUCAUGGGUGACACCAUGAUCUUGGAAGCUGACGUCACUCUCAUGGGUUAUGGGACCCCUGAUGAAAAGCCAGUGCCGAUCAUGGCACACCCUCCCGACAUAUAUAGUGACAACACUCUCGACGAAUGGUUAGAUGCUGUACUGGCUUCUGGAAAAGGCAUCAAGUUGGACUUUAAGGCUCUGGAAUCAGUGGGUUUGUCACUGGACCUGCUUAAACAAAAGGAAAGCAACAAGGGAAUAAACAGACCUGUGUGGCUGAAUGCAGACAUCCUCAGAGGCCCCAACGUCCCAAGCUUUGUAGCUCCAGUCAAUGGAAGCAGGUUUUUGGAACUCAUUCAGGACAAGUUUCCAGAUGUGACUUUGUCUCCUGGGUGGAAGGUCCUCUAUAUUCACCAGCUCACAAACGAAACCUACUCCAGAGCCACGGUGGAAGAAAUGUACAACAUGAUCAAAGACGUACCUCAAAGGGUGACGUUCCCAGUCCACGCCAAACAAAAUCGCUCUGACAGCAGCAGUCAGCGCCUCAGUCUACGCUCAGAUCACGAGACAGAGCAGCGACAAACCGCCGCGUCCGCUGCAGUUCAGAUGGAAACACAUGAAAUGAACUGA